GGCUGGCAGCACAGCUUCUGUGAAGCAGUCGAGAUUCUUAGGGUGUAGGUGAGAAAUAAAUAAAAGACCGCAAGAGCAGAUAUCAGCAGAUAAUUUGCAACAAGACGGUAAAACGCGUGCCUAGUUUGGGCUUAGGGCGUAGGUAGAUGUCGGACGGAUGUCGGUGUGGCGGGCUCGGAGCAGACGAGGGCGGUGAAUUAUAUAGCAGUAGUGCAAUGGUGAACCACCUGUGCAAGGGACGCAUCAGUCUAUUAAAGACUUUUCUGAUCCUGCCUGGCCACGAGCAUGUGCAGCGGCCCGUUACAAAACUUCCGUCAUCGGCGACUUCGGCAUCAUGGUCCAGGCACGCCUGCUUACACAGUGCUCAUGGCGCAAUGCUGUGUCCACUUAUCUGCCCUUAGUCGCUCGCAUUGUGCUGCAUCUGAUAACGACGCAACCCACCUGCGAUGUCACUGCGGCUCUGCGGUGCAGAGAGCCAGCACGGCGCCGUCUUAUCGAACCCUUGGAAGACGCGGUACCUGCAUGAAGUCACAGGAGAGUGGCUUGGAAAGUAGAGCCGCGUCUUGCCGAUCACGAGGCUUCGCGCAAUGUACGUGCAAGUUGACGCGACGCCUUGAAAGGAUCACUAGCGUGGAGAUUUGUCUUAUCAGAUGCUCGUCUGAUAGCGGCAUCUCUCGCCGUCUCUCCCCACGCUUGCAUGCCCUCCGUGAGCCCUUGGACAAUUUUGACGGUCCUCGGGGCGCACAGGUGGAGCACUUCUUCUGUCGUGGACUCGUGGAUGGAUGCGAGUGGCUAAGCGCUCGGCAUCUCGAGUCAUGGGAUUCUUACAAAGUGCUCACGUUCUAGUCCGGACGUUUACAAAGCUUCACGCUGCUCAUCGAGACAUGAACGAAUUUUCAAAAAGUCUUGGACAUGACGAACGCUGAUCGAGAUGGUCCUGCAUUGAG